AGCAGACCCACGAGCACAUGAUUUAUCACGUGAUCAGCCGUUGCUCUAUAUAGCCCUCAGCGUGCUUGUCUCCUCUUGUUUAUUUCCGCCCAGUGGAAGUUUUGGGGAGCGAGACACACGUUUCUAAGUGAGUACAACUGCCAGCAGACAAACGACAGAAUGUGGCGGCUGGGUUUCCUGUGUGUGAUCUCGGCCCUUUCGGUUAGCUGGGCUCGACCUCGCCUCGCUCCCCUGUCCCAUGAGAUGGUCAACUUCAUCAAUAAAGCAAACACUACUUGGAUGGCUGGACACAACUUCCGUGAUGUUGACUACAGCUAUGUGAAGAGGUUGUGUGGGACUUUUCUGAAAGGACCUAAACUCCCUGUCAUGGUACAGUAUGCUGAUGACCUCAAGCUCCCCAAAAACUUUGAUGCCAGAGAGCAGUGGCCCAACUGCCCUACUCUUAAAGAGAUCAGAGACCAGGGCUCUUGUGGUUCAUGCUGGGCAUUUGGGGCUGCCGAAGCCAUCUCUGACAGAGUAUGUAUCCACAGCAAUGCCAAAGUGAGUGUGGAGAUCUCUUCUCAGGACCUGCUUACCUGUUGUGACAGCUGUGGCAUGGGAUGUAAUGGUGGAUACCCUUCUGCUGCUUGGCAAUUCUGGAACACUGAUGGUCUGGUCAGCGGUGGACUCUAUAACUCCCAUGUUGGCUGUCGUCCAUACACCAUUGAACCCUGUGAGCAUCAUGUGAACGGCAGUCGCCCUCCUUGCACCGGAGAGGGUGGUGACACUCCCAACUGCGACAUGUCCUGUGAACCUGGCUACAGCCCUUCUUACAAGGCGGACAAACACUUUGGAAAGACAUCCUAUAGUGUCCCUUCUAAUCAGAAUGAAAUUAUGCAAGAACUCUUCAAGAAUGGCCCAGUAGAGGGAGCCUUCACUGUGUAUGAGGACUUCCUGCUGUAUAAAUCUGGUGUGUAUCAGCACAUUAGUGGAUCUGCAUUAGGUGGUCAUGCCAUUAAGAUCCUGGGCUGGGGAGAGGAGAAUGGCGUCCCCUACUGGCUUGCUGCUAACUCUUGGAACACUGACUGGGGUGAUAAUGGAUAUUUCAAGAUUCUCCGAGGUGAGGACCACUGUGGCAUUGAAUCUGAAAUUGUAGCUGGAAUCCCAAUGUAGCCACAAGAUGGCAUGAAGAGAGCUGAAAUGAGCACACUGUUCAGAAUGAAUGUCUUCAGCUUGAGCUGACCACCAUCCUCUGUGGCCAUGAUGCGUUGAGUAUUGUUAAUCAAUGAUUGAGUUUUAUUAAGAGUCUUUUUAGACCGGGACUCCUGAUCAGGGUUUUAGUAUGGGUUUUUUUUUUUUUCCUUGCACCAUGAAAUGUGCAGUCCGGGUCAUUGGAGUCAGUUUUAGACCACUGUCUAAAGUUUUAGCACAACUUGAUGCCUCAGCCACAUUUUUUCCUGUAUGUUUGACUUUUUAAUUUGCUUGGGUUGAAUGAUUUUUACUUUUUGUUAAUGGAUUGUCUAAAGUGUAAUAAAUAUUAAAACCAAA